AUGAACCGCAUCAAACAUAUUCAUAACAUUUUCCCUCACAUAUCAACGAUGGCCAACGACUUAACAACAGCAAAGACCGUUACUCUACGUGAUCGAGUAGGCGAUUGGAUAUUUAAACAUUUCUGGCAUAGUGAUAUGCGUCCAAGUCCAAUACUCGUUCUAGAAUACACAAAGGUAUUGAUGAAUGUGGCUGCUGCUGAUGGUGUUCUUGCUGAUGCUGAACGUAAAUGGAUUUUGGGUAACUUCUUGGCAAAAGGCGGUGCUGAUGAAGAUGUUGAAUUUUUUGAAAAAUAUACACCAAGCAAACAAGAAAUUGAAGAGACAUUAAAUGUACGUCCAACAUUUGUUCAAGAGAUUUCUCGAGCCAUUCUGUUCGAAUCAUUUCAAGCAGCGAGUGCUGAUGACGAAUUACAUAAAGAUGAACGAAAUGCAAUCUUUCGACUAGCUCAAAUUAUGAAUAUACCAGAAGCAGAAGUCAACGAAAUUGAAGAAUUGUUUAAGGCUGAAGUCGCUCAUCGAAAACGAGUGGUUGAUCUUAUGUUUCCUAAAGGUAUUAAAGGCACAUGUGAUGUUUCUAUUCAUGAAUUCGUUAACAAAUAA